AACACUCGCAUGGAAAGCGUGUCGCUGUAGGGUUUACAACUUUGUCGAUGCAAUCUUAACGUUUUGUAUGGUUCGUCUAACUUAUGUCCUACGGCCAUCAAGGAUUCGAAGAAUUCGAAAGCAUGUAGUUUGCUAUGUUGCCAUCUUGUGUUUCAUAAUAACUAGAUGCCAUAGACCAGCCAGCACCAAUAGAAGCAACAUUCCGAGCAAUUUCAUAGAGGCGAUAAGCUUAAAUUGCGACCCAAUUAUAAACAACACCGUAGAUAUUGUCAAGUACGAAUACUGGAAAUUUAAUUAUCAAUAUUAUGAAGACGAGCUAUAUUCGUCGAAAAACAUAUGUGAAACUAUUCACAAUCGUUUCUAUUUUGAAAAGAGGCCGCUGUCAAGAGAAGAGGAAAGAUUCCCAUUAGCAUUCGGUUAUCUCGUUUAUAAAGAUCUCGUCCAGGUUUUGCUGCAAUUUAGCAUCUUCUAUCAGCCACAGAACGCCUACUGUAUCUGUAUCGAUGAUUUCGCUUCGAAAGCAUUUAAAAAAUUUAUAAUGAAGCUGCCGCAAUGCUUCAAUAAUGUUCAUACUAUGAUAGGACAGUAUUCUAACUGGGGUACUUUUGGUAUACUUGACAACGUCUACCAAUGUUUCAAAUAUUUGACUCUACGCAAACAUAACUGGAAAUACUAUCAGUACUUAUCCGGUUCGGAUCUGCCGAUUCGUACAAAUCUCGAAAUGGUUCGCAUAAUGAAAGCGUUGAAUGGAUCGAUUAACACGGAUGUUGAGGAAUUUGACUUGGAUCGCUAUAGGACGAUGGAGGGAAUUCAUCCCCCCGUUCCUCUUUUCAAAUCAGCAAUGUCAGUGGCAAUGCCUAGAGCUGCAGCCAAUUAUAUAGUCAGAAGCACGAAGGUGAGGAGACUCCUGAAGUAUCUCUCACAUACAUGGAUACCAGACGAGUCGUUUUGGACAUCAGUGGGCGGCAACGCUGCAUUAUUGCGUGUUCCUGGAUCCUUUCGUGCACGUGACAUCAUCUGGCUUCGUAAGCACAUGAAGAUGGAUCCACAAUGGUGGAGAACAGUCUCUUCUGUGGGCAGCUCUUACAUAGCACGGUAUCAAGUGUGGGAAUUUCAGAAACAAUGCUAUGGAGAAUUUAGGACCUGGUCGUGUAUCUUUGGAAUUUUGGACAUCCCGGAAAUCAUCACGAGACCAGAGCUGGUUGUGCAUAAGUUUAGCCUUGAUAUUCAACCAGCAGGUUACAUGUGUCUUUUGAAGGAAAUUCGAUAUCGUAGCCAUAAUCCCAUCGAAUUCGAUGCUGUCAGCUAUAGCGAAAUGCCAACGGUGGAACUACACAACGGAAAGAGAAUUACGGAGUUGACACAUCCUGAGUGGUUAUUACAAAGCUCGUUUUAUAAGUAGCAGUCGCUUUGCGAUAGAUUGUAUCAUAUUUUUG